ACCCUUCCCUCACCCUUUUCUUCCUCGUCUCGUCGCCCACCUUUCAUACGACGCCUUUUCUCUUCCCUUCGAACCUUCUCCGAGACGGUUUUUACCCUUCACUCGAGAAUGAUUGAAUCAGGUCAGUGUUUUCGACCAUAAGUUGUGCCUGCGCCUGCGCCCUACACGCUUAGCGCCACCCUGUUGAAAACUAGGGACAACCCAAACAUAAUAUUCCCCGUUCGAUUAGCCUUAUUCUAAUGGCACUCGUCACGCUGAAAUAUAACGCUCCCUUUCUUUAUUUCGCGCAGCGCGUACUCGUGUAACGUGCCGAUAACGUAGAGAGUGCACACGGGUUUCUGGAAAAAGGAAAAAGAAAAGAAGGGAACGAGAGAGAGAGAGAGAGAGACACAGAGAAAAAAGAAAUAAGAGAGACAGAAAAAGAGAGAGAGAGAGAGAGAGAGAGAGAAAGAAGGAAAGAAGAGAAAGAGGAGAGAUCAUUUUGCGUGCUCGCGUGCGUGCGUGCGUGCGUGCGUACGUGCGCUAGCGCGCUUCAUCUUUUUCCGUGCCUUUAUCUAUUUUCUGUGUGUAUAAAUCGCUAUAUGUCUUCUUCGUACGCGCAUACGUAUCGUUCGUGUUGUAUUUUCUACGAGUUCUACGUACAGCCUCGGUAAGGAAAAGAACAAGAAAAAAAAGAAAAGAAAAGAAAAGAAAAGAAAACGAUCGGGUACAAAGAUUCCGAGUGCAGCCAAUCGUCGACGUACCCUUCAUAAUUAGCACCACCGUCGAGUCUAAUGAACCCAGAGGAGUUACGGAGCAAGAGACCUUUUAAGAUAUGGGACAGUUGGCGUAAUGUAAGAAAGGGACUGGUCGUAAGCAAUUUCGAAGAACUGAUACAUCGUGGUAAAGAAAAACUGGGCGUACCGCAGAACGAGAAUGUUUCUUUAGUAUUGGAAUCGGACGGGACGCAAGUGGAGGACGGUGAAUACUUCAAGACACUAGCCAAUAAUACGAUUCUUCUUUUACUGCGGCAUGGUGAACGGUGGUGUCCAACUGGCGUCGACAUCAUACGAGCCGCGAUAUCGGCGAUACCGAAAAUAGUUUGCGAAACGAUCCACGCCCUGGAGCUGCACGAUGAGACGCCAUCGUGGAAAAUCAUGGACAAUAAGGGACGAGUCACAGUGGUCCUACACUGGGACCAACGUUCGUCGUCGUCGUCGCAGGUUCAAUCGCAGUCGAAGGGCACGGAUGCCCAGUCCUCCAAGUAUUCGCCAACAAAGAAAGCCGAUCUGAGCGGGAGUCAACGGCCCUCGUUGGUGAUUCAAACUAGCCUUGACAAAUUGAAUUAUGUGGGAAAGCCAACGCAUCUGGCGGGCGAGCUUGGUCCCAGCAGAUACGCGAGUCCCCAAAUCACUGUGAUAAAUCAUGAUGAUAUGCAAGCGCAGCAACAGCAGCAACAGCAACAGCAACAGCAGGCGCAGCAGCAAGCACACGGUAUGCCAGGUCGUCUGGUGAAGCAAGGAACGAACUCGUUCGAAAGCACGACCAUCCAUAUCCAUACGCCAGAGUGUUCAAAUCACAUUCAUCAGCCGGUAGCAAGGAACGGUAGUCCUGUAAACGGUGCGGACAACGGAACGACCGGGGAAUGCGACUUUCAUUGUUGCGCCCUACACGAGGAAGGUCGCAGGAUCGCCGUGCACAAGUCGGUCGCGACCUCGCCGAUCCAGGAUAGCCAACAUCAGCAGUACCAACAGCAGCACCAUCACCCGCAUCAACAGCAACAGCAGCAGACCCAGACACAGACACCGUCGCCCCAACCGCCCUCCUCCCUCUCCGACGGCACGAGGCGAUCGGGACUCGGUAAGGGCCACGUCAGAUUCCGCGAUACGGCCGACGAGGAGUCGAGUCCCCGUCUAGGUCCCGGCAACUCUACCGGCGGCUUUCAUCUUCAUCAUCAUCAUCACAAUCAUCAUCAAGAGCACGACAGCUCCGAGUCAGAAACCGAGAACACGAUUAUGGAGGACGAGAUCGUCACAUCUGAGAAGUUUUUAUUGCUAAUAGAUCAGCUCACCGUAGAUCAAAAGCAUCACCUCAGCAUCAAGGACAUCGGCAUCAUUCUCGAACGUUUAAGCUCCAAGAUAUUGGACGUCGAACGAUUGGAUCGCGAGAGCGAAAGCGAGGAGUGUUACAACUGGACGAUCAAGGCCAUCAUCAGGGGUGACGUACUCCGAGAAUUGGGCGUCAUUUACAAUGGCAAUUAUUAUGCCAUCUCGGAGCAUCCGGGAUACAAAGAAGAGUCCGAAGAGAAUAAUGAGGAUAACGAGGAGGAGGAAGAGGAUAGACUUUAAUACGAUGCUGUUUUACUAGACGGACAGACAGACAGAUAAAUAGAUAGAUAGAUAGGUAGAUAGACAGAUAGAUAUGUAGUUAGUUAGUUAGAUAGAUAGAUAGAUAGAUAGAUAGAUAGGUAGAUAGAUUAUAUACCUAUUAAUGGUAUUAUUAACAUAGCAUUUACUAAAACGUAAAAACUUGUUGGGGCUCGUUUCGAUGACCACUGCGUAUUAGUGGGUCAUGGAUACGAGCCGCAAGAGAGAUUUGCCGACGUGCUACUAGCCGAGCAAGCGCGAAUUGUGUACGAAACGGAGUUGCACUUGAAAAGACGCAAGGAAAUUUGUCGAGGGUUGACUGUUGCGAAAAAGACGCGUUGCGGAUGUUCCGUCGGGACAUCGACGGAAAUUGCGGGGCCGGGUUGCCUCGUAUCGGUUAAGGAUCGGCAAAAAGUGAUUUUUUCAAAAGGUUUUCAUAUAAUAAUACUACCACCACUACUACUAUUACUACUACUACUACUACUACUACUACUACUACUACUACUAAUAAUAAUAAUAAUAAUAAUAAUAAUAAUACUAAUAUAACAUUAAUGAUGAAAACAGAAAGGAAUGCAUUAUACUGAAAUCAUACGAUACAUUAUAAACUUAGUUCUAAAGAC